AUGAGCGCUGCAAAAUUACUUACCUAUCUGCUUCUUUCUCCGUUUAGAGUGAUGCCGGUGGAGCUCAGCAUGCACAUGUGCCAGAGUCCCCCUCCUUCAGUGGACCAGAUUUUGGGGAUGUCCUUUCUAAGAACAUAUCGUUCCCUCCAGAGACCUGGUUCACCCUCGUCCGAUCAUCACUGGGCCCGGGUCAGCAGACAGAGCCUGUCUCCUACCUCCCCCCUGACCACGCUGGGCUUCCCCGGUCUGGAUGGUACGCUGAAGAAGAAGAAGAAGAAACGAGUCGUCUUUGCUGAUGAUAAGGGGCUGGCCCUGACGGCUGUCCGCUAUUUUACGGCAGAUCCUUCAGAGUCUGAUGCCAAAGUCCAGUCUCCAUCCAUUAUUCCGAACAAAGAGCCGUCGGUCCAGUGCAGGACACUACGAUACCGGUUGGGCUUUCCUCAACCCUCGGGUGACUCUGACCUACUGAGUCUGGUGAAGCUGGAGAACUGCCAGUUGGUGCGAGGAUCUCUGCUCGGGAAGGUCCGGGUCCGCAACAUCAGCUCCGACAAGACGGUGCACGUCCGCAUCACGUUCGACUCCUGGAGGACCUACCAUGACAUCCAGUGCAUCCCCAUGCACCAGACUGAUGGAAACCCAGAGACAGAACUGUUCCUGUUCACAGUGUCGUUCCCAACGACCCAGAACCUGCAGGAUCGCCUGGAGUUCCGCGUGUCGCUCCGUCCCAGACCCGGUGGCGCCGUAGUGUGGGACGACAACAACGGAAAAUACUAUCAAAUCCUGGUUGACGUUGUGGAUGAAGAAGAAGAAUUUACUCAGGUUUACAAGAAGCCUUUAUUGGCCCCUCAGUUUCUCCAGUCGGGGCCCUCGAGAAUGAGCCCAACGUCUCCAUACAAACCCAUAAAGAUUACAGUCGAGAUGUGGAACAGUAAUGAGCUGGUUAGUCUGUAAAGUAGUAACAUGGGAAUAGUGCAUUGGGACUUAAAUGGCAGGAGCUUCGGUCACAAAGGCUGCUUAACAAACAUUCAUUCAUACCGAGAUGAUAGAAGAUGUUCUGAUGGACCAAGACCAAACCAGAACCCCUGAUGGAGGUUUUUCAUUUAAUUUGUCACCAAUCUGGUGUCUGUUUGACAGUUUAUUUGGAUCAUUUAGGUUUGCGUAUAUAAAGUAUAUGGCCAAAAGUAUUUGGACACCCCAUUUCAAAAACAAAUGCUAUUAAAACAGAGCGACCUACAGCCGUGUGAUCAUUGGCUUGAUCAUGUCUGUGGGAAUUUAUGCCCACUAGGCACUAAUGUUGGUCAAAAAAGCCUCAGCUUACGUUCAAGUUCAUUCCAGAGCUGUUCCGUGGAACACUGGAGUAUCUUUAAACCAAGGUCUUUACUGAAAUAGCAAAGGUCCUUCCCUAAACUGCUGCUGCAAAGCUGAGAGCAUCUGAUUUUCUUUAUACUGUUGGCAAUCGCUCUGGCUGAAACACAUGAAUAAAAAAAUUUGAAGAAGUGUCCCAAUACUUUUGUCCAUAUAGUAUACAGACGGCGAGAGAGAUGCCGGUCUGGAGCAGUGGUAUUCGAUCUGUAAGUGAUGGGAUUUCUCACCCCUAGAUAGCACUAGUGUCAGACAGCCAUAACCACUUAUGACCGGGAGUUCAAGAGAGCAUAAUUGUCGUUUGGCUUUAUCAUAUGAAUCAAUCAGGCACUACCCAAUCACAGGCAUCUAAGAAAUAGGGUUUGAUCCUUAAAUGUCAUUUAUAUGUCUACCUGUGUACCAGGUGAUCCAUCAGAGAUGAUAAUGAACAUCAGCACUAUGUAAUUAGGGUCUCGGAUUUCAAGCUGGGGAUGAACGCUUCCUCUCGGGCCUGUCUGGGUUUUUUACUGUCAUCUUGCAGUGAUUAUGUGUUUAUGUGUUUAUAUAAUAUGUAAAAUGUACCUAUGUAUUUGUGUAUUUAUUUAUCGUGUUUAUGUUUAUGUAUGUAUGUAUGUAUAUUUGUAUUUAAGUACAGCUCUGUACAGAU